AUGAAUUUUUCAUCAAAAGAAAUUGAAAACCUUCAAAAACUUAUCAAUAAAAUAAAAAAAAAAAAUGAAUUAUUGUUAAAAGAAAAAAAUGAAUGUGAAAAAAUAAAUCUAAAUAAUCAACAAAACAUCGAAGAAAACAAGAAAUUACAAGAAAAAGACUUUGAAAAUAAAAUAGUAGAAUUAAGACAAGAAAUACAUGGAGCGAAAAGGGAACUUUCGGGUUGGACCAAACAUAAUAAUCUUGAUAGAGAAAACACACUUAUAAAUGAAUCGUUAAAUAAUUUUAAAAUAGUUUACAAUAACACCAAUUCGUUAGAAACUAAAAUGGAUCUUCUCAUAGAAAUUA